CCUGAGGAGCACACGCCGCAUGCCUGGACCUCUGAACACCACGGGGACUUUGUUUCCAACUGCUUUUCCCCACGGGAUGUUGAUCGUGGUCGUGCGACCACAACAUCUCCUCGGUUCGCGUUCUCGCACAAGACUGAACUAGAGAAACAUUUUCUCCUUUUUUCAGUUUCUUUGAUUACACACUGACAACUCCCGGGGCCAAUAACCGCGCGGUGUGCGCAGGUAGAACGACUGCUCUCCUGAACAGGGACUGUCCACCGGCAGCACCGGGAUUUUCUGUUGUUAUUAUUGAUUUCAACUUGGAGGCGAAAGUGACCGAUCUGUUGGAAUUGGUUUCUUCAAUGACUUAUAAGAUUGGAUCUGAAGUUAUAUUCGGGGAUCUGUAACAACAAGAGAUUUCACACACACAAAAAAAUCAGUCUUUGUGUGCAGCUGGAGGUUGGUCGACCAUGCAGCUGGACGGUCUGUGGACGGUCCACGCCCUCCUGGCACUGUCCAGCUUCGCUCUCGGGAACCCGGUGAGCAAUGACCCGUUGGCCGCACCUCGUGUCUUCAUCUCCUUCAAAGAGCUGAGGUCUACUGGUACCGCUCAUCACUUCGCCUACCUCCUAAACACGUCCGACUACCGGAUCCUGCGUAUGGAUGAGGACCAUGACCGCAUGUACGUUGGAAGCAAAGAUCACAUCCUGUCCCUGGAUCUCCAUGACAUCAACAAGGACCCACAUAUCAUCCACUGGCCUGUGUCCGAGCGAAGAAGGAUGGAGUGCCUUGUGAGUGGGAAGGACGCCAAUGAGGAAUGUGCAAACUUUAUCCGUCUGAUUGAGCCAUGGAACCGGACUCAGCUGUACGUCUGUGGGACAGGAGCUUACAAUCCAGUCUGCACCUUCGUCAACCGUGGACGCAAACCUCAGACGUCCAUGUAUCUACAGAUGGCCCAGGCCAGAGGAAGGGCUAGCCGCGCAGCUGAACCCAGCGCGGUGCACGAGACACUCGGACUAAAGGAAGAAAUUUUCCAUUUGGAGCCAGGCAAAGUGGAAUCUGGGAAGGGAAAGUGCUCCUACGACCCGAAGCUCAACAGUGUGUCAGCUUUGAUCAAUGGUGAACUGUAUGCUGGGGUCUAUGUUGACUUUAUGGGAACAGACUCUGCCAUUUUCCGUACUUUGGGGACAAAGACUGCCAUGCGAACAGAUCAGUAUAACUCCAGAUGGCUGAAUGACCCCACUUUCAUCCGUGUACACCUCAUCCCAGACAGCGCGGAGAGAAAUGACGAUAAGCUGUAUUUCUUCUUCCGGGAGAAGUCCUCCGAGAUGGGCCAGAGUCCUGUGACCCAGUCCCGUAUAGGACGCAUCUGCCUGAAUGAUGACGGGGGCCACUGCUGUCUGGUCAACAAGUGGAGCACCUUCCUGAAGGCCAGGCUCAUCUGCUCGGUGCCCGGGGCCGACGGCAUGGAGACUCACUUCGACGAGCUCCGAGAUGUUUACAUACAGCCAACACAGGACACAAAAAAUCCUGUGAUAUAUGGAGUCUUCUCUGUCUCUGGUUCAGUCUUCAAAGGCUCUGCAGUUUGUGUCUACUCCAUGGCCGACAUCCGCAUGGUCUUCAAUGGACCCUUUGCCCACAAGGAGGGCCCCAAUUACCAAUGGGUGGCCUACACUGGGAAGAUCCCCUACCCUCGCCCCGGCACGUGCCCUGGGGGUACGUUCACCCCCAACAUGAAGUCCACUAAGGACUAUCCAGAUGAAGUGAUUAACUUUAUGAGGAAUCACCCAGCCAUGUACAAUGCCGUGUACCCGGUACACAAGCGCCCCCUGGUGGUUCGGACCAACGUGGACUAUGAGUUCACCACCAUCACUGUGGACCAGGUGACAGCUGCAGAUGGCAACUAUGAAGUGCUCUUUUUAGGAACUGACAAGGGAACAGUUCAAAAAGUUAUUGUGCUGCCCAGAGAUGAUCUUCAGACCGAGGAGCUGGUCCUGGAGGAAGUAGAGGUUUUUAAGGUCCCUACUCCAAUUACAACAAUGAAGAUCUCAUCCAAAAGGCAACAGCUGUAUGUGUCAUCUGUGGUAGGGCUGACACAGCUGGCUCUCCACCGGUGUGAUGUGUACGGCGAGGCCUGUGCUGACUGCUGCCUGGCCAGAGAUCCUUACUGUGCCUGGGAUGGCAAGUCCUGCUCCCGUUACUCUGCCUCGCAGAAGAGGUCUGACCCCUUUAGACGUAGCCGGAGGCAGGACGUCAAGUACGGGAACCCCAUCCGCCAGUGCCGAGGCUUCAACUCUAACGCCAAUAAGAACACUCUGGAGAUGGUGCAGUAUGGGGUGGAGGGAAGCAGUACCUUCCUGGAGUGUCAGGCCCGCUCUCCACAUGCUGUCAUCAAAUGGCAUCUGCAGAGAGAUAACAGUGACCGCAGGAAAGAGAUGCGUUCUGAUGGUCGGAUUUUGAAGACAGAGCAAGGUCUGCUCCUGCGGUCUCUGCAGCCCUUUGACUCCGGCAUGUACCAAUGUACAGCCACGGAGAAGAACUUCAAACACACGCUGGUGAAGCUGCAGUUGGUGGUGCUGUCGAGCCGGGCCGUCAACAGCGUCCUGGUGGAGGGAGGGGGAGGGCUGGUGCCGUCUUCUCACCACUCCAGCAGCACCCAGUGGACCCCCAGCACAGGCCAGUACAAGGACCUGCUGACCAUCCUGAGCCAGCCAGAGAUGAACCUGAUCAAUCAGUACUGCCAGGACUACUGGCACUUUGGAGACCCGCAGCUGGGCGCCCUCAAGGCCAAAGACCAGAAGGAGCUCAAGGAGCUGAAGAAGCCCCGCAACCGCCGGCAUCAUGGGGAGGGGGAGGAGAAAGAGGAGCAGCAGGAGGUAGAGACAUGAGGAGCCCAGCUUUGCGUCUGAAUCACCCUCAACCACCCUUCCCCUCCACCCUGUGAAAACUGGGAGAGACUCAUUGAGAGUAGCUACAUGAAAAAAAAAAUCCACAAACCGGAAAAAAAAACAAACUGAGAAAAAAGAGGCUUACAAACAAAAUCCCACAUACAUCCUCUCAAACAGUAAGAUAUAUGAUACACAGUAUUUAUUGUAGGUUGUAUAUAGUAUCAUUCUGUGGAUUUCUUUGUACUUAUAGAAAAAAACAUGCUCUUUGUGUAUAGGUACCUUUGGGGCAAAUAUUAUUGUUAUUAUUGAUGUUGUUAAUUUUAUUGUUGCUGUUACUGUCAUUACAAAACUCAUCUGUCAGCAUUAUGUUGUAAGCUGUUAGGAGCCAACUACAAGAAGCUCUCUGUGAUGGGGAGAUGAGUUGUUGAUAGAGGGGUGAUGGGAUCUCUUUUUUUUCUUGCUUGCUUUGACUGGAUGCCAGGACUCUUUUAUUUCUGGACUCUUCAGGAAUGCUGGUGAUGCAACCUCCUCGUGGCUGCAUGCAGACAGAGACUUAAUAUUGCAAGGGGACCAUCGACACAUGGUCCCAGUUAUUGUGGAGAAACUGUACUUUCUCCAUGGGAACCGAUGUUCUAAUUGGGCCUUUUAAUAGAAAUCUGGUGCUUGACCUCUGUGUUUCCUUCUUGAUUGGAGGAUUGACUGUAAAAUGACAAAAUAACAUCUCGGCUACUUUUCAACCCAGAUACUAAUUCUGAGUAGGGAGAUUUACUAAAAAAAAAAGAAUGACAAAGUUCUCACUUGCGUUCUACUCUGAGUAACAUGUGGCUCCUUCUGGCCAUGAACUUGGGUUUAAAAAUGAUACAUAAAAGAAAGAAGCAAGCAUCAGAUCAUUUUUUAAUGAUUAUUAUUAAUACUAUAGGCAUUAUAAUGGUUGGGUUCUUUUCAAACACAUACAUCUUUUUAACUUAGAGUGAGGUGCAAUAAAGGGUCAAGGUUUUGCACAAAGGGCAUUAUUCUUUUACUUUCAAGGGACAUUGGCUGGGGCCAAAUGCAACAAGCACAGUCGGGCAAGGUAUAGUUGACUUUUGUGUAAAAACAAAUCCAGUUUAAGAUGAAAGAGGUGCCCGGAUCAGGUAGCAGUUGUUAGCUCUGAGCACACAAGACAUCUUUUGUUCAUUUUUCCUUUGACAUUCAUAUGUGGAAAAAAAAUAAUUGCCCAUAUACACAACAGAGCAUUGUAACAAUGUUGUGACACUAACCAAAAUAUCGGGAAGCUGGCUUUCAUUGUGUGCAUGAACCUGUAUUUGUACUGUAAUUCUGAUAAGAUACUGUGUGGUUGUUUUUUUCUGUUCUUCAUCUCUAGGGGUGUAUGGUCUGAGGGACAUUCUCAGUACAACAAGAUGGGGAAAACAAAUCCUUUAAAGAUGGCCUCAUUUCAAAUAUACUCCUGUAUAAAGAAUGAUACAUUUUUUCAUCGACAUAAAUUUAAUUCUGUUAAAAUAUAAAGUGAAAUUAUCUUGCUUAUGUGUUUCGAUAGCACAUAAUACUAUCAUUUUAAAAAAUGCAAACAAGUUUCUUACUAAUUACACAGUUAGGCAGUUAGAAUUUGAUGAGAGGGGCGUUAUUAAGAAGUGAGCAAAGGUUAAAUUGAUUAUAUUUUAAUGCUUAACCUUUAGUACACUUCUCUAUUAAAAAUGGAGUUUCCUUAUAUAAGAACAUAUCAUCGGGGGGGAAAAAACAUUUGGAACAAGGUGAAUUUUUUCAUUGUUUAGGCCGAAUGAAAGUCAGCAUUAACAUCCCUGGGAAGAUGUAUCCAUAGUUCAUACAGGGGUAUCCGUAUCUGCUCCUCAAUUUGGGAUUUGUCUGCAUUCCCAGAAUUAAUCCCAGCUCCUGAUUGUCUCCUCCAAAUGAGACCAGGGGAUCUUCAGAAAAAAAAAGAAAACUACAAAGAGAGGUUGUACAAUUUGUUGGUAUUUUUUUAAAAUGUGUCUUUAGUUUUUGAGUGUUUUUGUUUGUUUUGUAUUUUUUGCAUCAUCAGACUUUAUGAAAAAAAGAAAAAAACACUAAAUGCACAGAGGUGAUGUUAUUGUAAUGACUUGUGUAAAUUACUUUUAUCUUCCCUUUCCAUUGUUGUUGCAGACUAAUAAAUUAAAGCUCUAUAUUUUAUAAGAAUGGAAUGCUCCCCCCCUUCAUUGUGAUUGGCUUGAUACUGGAUGUUUUCCAUGUUCUGCCCAGAACCCUCUGGAUCCUUGGAAUAAAGUUGUACCUGUAAAAGA